UCCACCCUCCACACCGGCGAUCUCACAUACUACGACCCCGGUCUCGGCGCCUGCGGCAUCACCUCCGCCCCCACCGAUCCCAUCGUCGCCAUCUCCCACGAUCUAUUCGACGCCUACAUGCCCGUCGGCGCAUCCAAUCCAAACCUAAACCCACUAUGUGGGCGCGAGAUUGAGAUUUUCAGGAAUCCAGCUGGUGGUGUUGCUGCCGGGGUUGCUGAUGGGAAUCCUGACGGGGGUGUCAAGACUAUGAUUGUCAAGGUGGUGGAUCGCUGCACGGGUUGUGCGCCGACGGAUCUGGAUGUGCCGAAGAUGGUGCAUGAGUUUUUUGUUGCGGAUUCGACGUUUGAGGGCCGUGUGGAGGAUAUGCAGUGGCGGUGG